AUGUUUAGCAUUUGCGACACAAUUGAAGACAAUAUUAAACUCAUCGCUAAAUACCUUUAUGUCUUCGACGACGACAAAGGCCUCAAUGUAUUCAUCGUAACAAACGAAGACCUGUGUUAUGGAAAGGGAUCUAACUAUAGGGGCUGUCUGGGACUGGGACACAACCUGCCCGUCCACGACAUGACCGAACGCAUCCACGAAUUGAGUCACCAGAAUGUGUGCAAAUUUUUUCACGGUAUGGACUUCGCCUUAGCCCUGACCACCGACCACCUGGUGAACAGUUGGGGUCAGAACUACCAGUGCGAAUUGGGCCGGCAGGUGAGCUCCACUGUAUCGCAACACACACCCAACCGGAUCUCCGCCCUCAACGACAAACGAGUGGUGGAUAUCAGCUGUGGAUGCAGUCACUCGCUGGCGCUCACCGCCGAUGGUCUGGUUUACGGUUGGGGUGAUAAUAGAGAGGGACAGGUAGGUUGUGGUGGCGAUCAUCAGUUUAUCAGAAGUCCCGUGAAGAUGGAGUUGAACACAAAUAAGAUUAAAGCGAUUUAUUGCUCGAAAACGUCGUCGUUUGCGGUGACGGUCGACGGAUUGGUAUUCAGUUGGGGCGACAACGAGAAGUACCAAAUCGGACACAACGCCCCCAAAGUAUGUCAGCCCAGACUGGUCCACAACCUGUGCGGCAUAAAGACUGUAUGUCCCUCGGCAAAGGCCACCCAUUUCCUCACGAACGAGGGUUUGGUGUACUAUUGUGGAGAGAAUCCGUGGUUCAUUCAGAAGGUACCGAUGCUGAUGAUGACAGACAAGCGGUUCCAGGACUUGGGGCUAAUCGUCUCGUACUGCCGGAGCGAGUCAGUGCCCACCGCUUUCGAUGGCUAUAAGGUCAGGGACACUGGGCAUCAUCAUCAAUAUCUUAGCAAUAAGACUGUCCUUCAGAUGAAAUUAGAUUAUAUGACAAAAUUGGGCCCAAAAUGUUACGAAUUGACUACUAGUGUGUUUAGUGAACGUAAAGGUACGGUAAGCAAGGACUCAACUGAUGGCUUAUAUAGAGCUAAUUAUAAGAUAAUAGAUGUGAACGAAAGCAUCGAAAAGAGUCGUAAAGAAUCGACUGAUUCACAGAAUUUGGGAUCUGAUGAGAACAAUAAAACUUCAAUCAAUGAAAUCGUUGACACACUGAGUGGUAAUGAGAGCUCAAUAGAUGAAAAGAUUCAGAAACUGUAUGAAGAAUGUAGAGAUGACAGAAAAAAUGAGACAAUUGAUGGCAAAGAUGGCAAUAAUGAGCGCAAAAAUCAGUGUAAAUCUCCGGUUACUGUGCGCCAAAUGGCCAUACAGUAUAUGACGAGAACCACUAAUAAUGCCAACAAAUCAUGAAUUAAUUUUGUUUACUUAAAUUUAACAAUUUUUGAUAGUUAUUUGUUUAAUUAGAAAC